GGCAAGCAAAAAAGGGGAAGAGGGGAGGCUGGUAGUUUGAAAAAGACUGAAACUGUGGGUCAGAAUCACUCAGCAGAGAGGACACAAGGAUGUUCAGUUGGCACCAUUUCUAAUAGACAAGAAGUAACCUAAAUACUGGAAAGCGGCUGUUCUUUGUAGCUGAAUGUGAUGAAGAAGAUGCCUUCUGCUGCCACCAUCGCUGUGUUUUUGCUCUCCUGCUUCUCCAUCGCCUCCACAGGCUCUCAGGCUGAUUGUGAUGUGUACGCUGCAACAGGCUCAAGCUUUACUGUGCGACUUAAACAUGUGUUAAAAGACUCGGAUAGCCUGAGAUGGUUCAAGAAUGAAAACCUAAUCUUUCAUCGCAGAAGUAAAAAGGUGAUCAUAGGGAAAAAUGAUGAUGUUGAUUCAACUGGAUCACUAAAGCUGACACAACUGACCAAAAACAACACAGGACGAUACGCCCCACAGAUUCACAGAGCAGAUGGAACCAGUGCAGGAGAUUUACCAAGUGUGCGUUUGUGUGUAUUAGACCGUGUGCAGAAGCCCAAUGUGACGAUGACGUGUACAGAUAAGGGACAUGUCAAUUUUACUUGCAGUGUUGGUCAGAAUGAGAAGAUCACAUGGUUUAUGGAUGAUGAAGCGUUGGAAGAAAAAGAGAAGACGCUGACAAGAGAAAUCAAAGAUGUGCUAAAAGCUCGUUUCUCUUGCAAUGUUUCCAACUCGGUCAGCUCUGAGAUCAGUCUGCCUGUUCAACAAAACUGCUAUGCAACCUUGCAGAAACCUCACGUGACGGUGAACUGUACGGGCGACUCCGAAGUUACAUUUACUUGCGCUGUUAGUCAGAAAGACAAUUAUGUGGAAUUUAAAUGGUUUAACAAGGAAAACAAGCAGCAGGAAUCAGGGGAGACACUUACAAAGAAAACUAAAGAUGUGGUAAACACCCGCUUCUUUUGCAAUGUUUCGAACCCCAUCAGCUAUCACAUCAGUGACCCUGCUGUACAAAACUGCUUUAAACCCUCUUUUCCUACUGAAUUACUUGGAAUUAGCAUCUGGGUUUUCAUAGGAGGCGGAGCAGGUCUUCUUAUUUUGGUGAUUGUCACUGCCACUGUUUGUUGUGUCCGGGCCAGAAGAAAAAGACGCAUAUGAUAAACGAUGGCAGGUCAGAGAACUUUGUUUGCAGUGGACGAAUCAAGAACAGCAACAGCAUCACCUUCAGCAGAACCACUUGACAAAACCACUAUAAACAACAGCAUGUUCAGCAGAGUCCCAGAGCCAUACUUCUAUGCAGCCUGUGGUCUGAAGACAGACAACAGGAAACAGGAUAUGAUAUAAACACCAUUCAGUCUGAGUGCUGAGGUGACGUGAUGUUUGCAGGACGCCCACAGAGUUUCAUUUUGAUGUUUGUCAGGUUCAUUGUGAAUGUACAAAGAAAAUUAUAGAUUACAGGAAUUUAAACCCAAAUCUGUGAGUAAUUUAAAGAUUAUUAAGAAAUGCAAACCCUAUUAUGAUUGUCAGUGAUAUGUAAAACUAAUAUAUUGUAUUACAACAUCUCUUGAUUGAUUUUGUAGUUUUGUAAGCAGACCUUCACAAAGAAAUAUUUUUAUGCUAUAUGUGUUAUGCUUUUGUUUAGGUCUUUAAUUUUCCAGGAAGUACGCUUUAGUCGUUUUUGCUAGACAGGUUUAUGUUGUAUAUUGUUAAUGAAGCGACAAUUCAGGAUUUUAUUAGUAUCUGUUGUGCAUUUUUCUUUGUUCUGAUGUGAACGGUGAUAACUGGUGUGCAUCUGAACCACAUACUGUGACAAGGAAUUAACCUUUAAAUUAAACUUAAAUGAUAAAAAUAUAUUUUUCUCAAAGAAAAUGAUGGGCAUGGUGCGUCUAAAAGGAUCCCUAAAGUUAACAGAUCUGGGGAAAAAUACUUGGUUAAACUACAUCACUGUGGUUUUCAAUGAAGACAGACCUGUAGAAAAGAAUUAAGAAUUAAAAAAUAAGAACAGAAGUGUGUGUUUUGCAGAAUAGAGCAGAAUAGAUUUAUUCUGGUCAUGUGAAUGUGAAUAUUUCUCUUAGUGUCCCUCUUUAUGCAUCACCAAAAAUAAAAGUAAUAAAAGUGUAUUCACUUAGACACCUUUCAACAUAUUAACUUAUCAGCUGAAUGUUUUAAAUAUAUUAUACUGAUAUGUAUAUGAACAUGUUUUUUAAUCAAUUUUUAUAAUGUUCUUAAUAUAUUUACAAAAAUAAAGUGUGUUGAUGCAU